GUUGAUUUUAAACAUGGCGCUCGCAAUACGGCAGUUAUGUCGGCUAGCGUCAAGACAAGUCCAACGACCAAGAACUCUGUUAUCAAGAGUAAGUUUGGAUUUAUUUCUUCUAUUCUCUUGCAAUAAAUGCUACAAUUUUAACUUAUGUGUUAGGUCUGCGGAUCUCAAAUUGGGCAAGAUCAUUGUCGAUAUUUAUCACUACAUGAAUACCAAAGCAUACAACUGCUUGAAGAUGCCGGUGUAUUGACACCUAAAGGAGGUGUAGCAGAAACACCACAGCAAGCUUAUGAAAUUGGUGAAGUCAUUGGUAAGUACAUACUGUCAGUUGUUGAUUAAAAUGGUUAAAUAGAUGGCAGAUGUAAGUUUUUCCAGUUAAUGGAUGCCUAUAGAGUAUAGACUGCAGCAGUUGUCGACAAGGUCUCGAUUGUGCAAGAGAAAAAUUUGGUGUGCAAGCGUGCAAUCUUGUCUGAAAUUAUUCAAGUGUGCACUUAAGUUGGGGUUAGUGUUUAAAAUUACCAAUAAUAUGCAACAAAUACAAGUUUGUAGGAACAAAAUAUAGUUAGAAAUGACUAUUUAUAUGUAAAUAUAAUCACUACAGUACACUAUACAGUACAGUAUGUCCAGCAAUUUCCGGUACGAAAUGUCAGCUUUAUAAAUUAACAUAGACUAUCAUUAUUAUAAAAAGGUAGUUACAGUCUUACAUGAUUAAAAGCAAAUUAUUACUUUAUAGUCAAUAGGCUAUAUGAAUAUUUUCAUUCGGAACUGUUCCACUGUAAUUUAGGUAUUGAUUUGAGUAGAUUAAUUAGGUAUUCAAAUCAUUUCAAUAAUCAGGUAUUUAAUAAUUUUGAUAUUGAAUUAGAGACGGACCAUUAGAAAUCCCGGGAGGGGGGGUGAAAAUUAAAAAAAAAAUUUGUGCAAAGAAAAAUGCCUGGAAAAAAAAUUUGUGCAGCCAUUACGUUAGUCUCCCUCGCAGACGUUCUUAUAGCUCUAACCCUCGCUAACUAACGUCUGCUGAAAUGAGCUGCACAUUCCAUUCCCUCCGAUCGACCAAUCACAGCGAACCUUCUAUAUUAUUUCGGAAAGUGAUUUACGGGCGGAAUAAAUAGUACAUAAAUAUUUUUAUAUUUUGAAAGCAGUCGUCGGUUGAAUUUUGGUCAAGUUGCACAUAAAUUGAAUUUAAAGACAUUGAUACUUGUCCAGGAAAUAAAAUGCGCCAUUAAUUAUCAGAUUCGGAUAUUAAAGAUGUUCGGUUAUAUUUAAAACGUGGACAGGAUGGCAUACUCGAGGGCAUACUGUAUUAAUCUAGUGGCGACAGCAUCAAAUGCAGAAUAUAUUUCGCUGAAAUUUGAACUUUUGACAGAUAUAUAUCUUUAAGACAACAGAACUCAGAAGACAGAAAAUUUGAUAUAAUACUGUGGCUUAGAAAGCGAAAUAUUAGUUUCAAAGUAAACUAAUUUGCUGUUUGAGCAACGACUUCUGACUUUUGAAUGUAAACACAACACAAAUAAAACCCGAGAAACUUUUAAUUGCGCCGAUAUGAAUUUCCAGUUCGCCAAACUUCGAAACGUUUAUACAUGUAACUUCGCUAUACUUUUCUACAUGCAACGAGAGCUUAAUCUUUUAGAAUUUUUCGUCGAAGCCAUGGCAUAUCGGAAGAAUUUAAUAGCAACAUUUGGACAUAUCCUGAUCUACUCGUUCUCGAGUUUCCCGAUUGCUUGUUUGUCAUUGUUAACAAAAUUUAAAAUUUCGCCUGUUGCAUAGCUUUUGCAUUUUAUAUACGCCGGUUGUUUGCAGAACAUGCGAGAAGAUGAUCACAAUAUUAUUCUACGUAAACAUCGUGAAGUUCAAGGCUAUAGUUUCCAAAAUAUCUCCACGCAAGUAAACAAAUUUUAACCCAAACAAUAUAUUCCCAUGUGUAAGGGCUUUCCCCAGUAGCUAAACCCUCAAUAAGGCGGCUUCCAAUUGGCUCUAACUCUUUUGAACACUGCCAGAUGAUUGGCUCCUAAAACAAAGGGAAUGGAAUGUGCAGCUUGUUUCAGCAGACGUUAGUUAGCGAGGGUUAGAGCUAUAAGAACGUCUGCGAGGGAGACUACCAUUACGUCAGAGAAAAAAAAUUUGUGCAAGCAAACAGCAAAGUACAAAUAGUCUUGAAAAAAAAUUCGUGCAGAGGUUAAAUGCAUUAAAAAAAAUCCUGGAGAGACAUGAGACUGAAAAAAAAUUUUUAAUGGUCCGCCCCUUAGUGUCAUUUUCAGAAUUAGCUGUCAAACAUAAAAAUGUCUGUGAAAUCUGCAGAAUGUAGAUCCCCAAAAACUUUCGGGGAACUAUGUUCUCAGGUUCCGAUACAUUUCCCACCUCUGUAAAGAGGUCGGAUUCAUGAUAAUUUACUAUUUCCAAAAGUCUAUGACUAAGCUAUUCAACUUCAUUAUGAUAUGUAUAUAACUGUAGGUGCAGAUGAUCUGGUCCUUAAAGCACAAGUCCUUGCUGGUGGCAGAGGAAAAGGUGUGUUUGAAGGAGGCUUACAUGGAGGAGUGAGGAUUGUAUUUAG